AUCAGUUCCCGACGUCCGAAAAGCCUCUCAGUAUCCUGAAAAAUGCGAAGACCCUGUCAAGUACACGGCAAUCCCGAAAACCCGCUCUUCGAAAGACGCCAAUUUUUGGCGCGAACGUUUUCCACCACGAUUCCUGUUCACGCGUAAGAGUAACCGGUGUUAUCUUAUCGUCAAGAGGGAAAACAUGGAUAAAAUGAACUCCAGUGACAAUUUCAGCGAUCUCGCUGACGAGGAUUAUACAAAUGGUGUUGAAGCAUGUUAUCCCUAUGGAUAUUACAUCCAUCUGUUGCACACCUAUUAUCUACCGUCUAUUUCUAUCAUUGGUAUCGUUGGAAAUUGUUUAUCCUUCAGCGUGUUCAUGUCUUCGCAUAUGAAGAUGAAGAGUUCAAGUUAUUACUUGGCCGUGUUGGCACUUGCCGAUCUUGGUUUUCUUAUUGUUGUGAUUGUUGUUCAGUGCAGUUUCAACGGGAUCUUCGAGAUUUAUAAUGUCGAAGGAUGGUGCCAAUUCUUCGUUUAUAUGAGCUCGGUAUGUGCAACACUCAGUGUUUGGCUUAUUGUUGCCUUCACUGUAGAGCGUUUCAUCGCUGUACAAUAUCCUUUCCAAAAGCCCAAUAUUUGUACAGUAAGAAGAGCAAGAAUCACCGUUAGCAUCUUAAUAUUACUGGCUAUCAUCAGCCAACUCUAUACCUUCUGGAUUGCAGGAAUAAUUGAGAAUGAUUUCAACGAAUUCGAAUGCGAAAUGUUGCCGCAAUAUCAAGAAGUGAUGAAGAUUGUCAAUUUCAUAGAUACCAUAGUUACAUUGAUACUUCCCCUCGUCAUGAUUGUCGCAAUGAAUACAAUGAUCGCAAGAAGUUUGAUAAUGUUCCGAAAGAGAAUGGUCGCGAAAGAAGUAAAUGGACGAUAUUCUGAUGAAGAUGACAGCAGACAUAAUCCUUUCACAGAAUCUAAGCCUAAUAGAGCCAUCUUCAAGGUGAAGAGCUCUUCUUCAGUUCUACUCAAGUCUAAAAAGUCUUCAAGUACCCACCUGAGUCUCGGCGAGAGAAUUUCCCAGAUACAUAUACGCAACUCUGAUAGUAGCUGGUCUUCCAAAUCUCAGGACAAUAUCACUAAAACUCUGCUUAUAAUAUCAUCUGUAUUCGUAGGAUUGAACUUACCAAGUUACACCAUAAGGAUUUGGAUAUUCUUUGGAUUCACCCUAUACGAAAAACUUCCACCGGAAGUGCUGUGGUGUACACAACAAGUAGCGAUGCUUCUUUACUAUACCAAUUUCAGUGUGAACUUCAUACUUUAUACCAUGUGCGGAGCUACGUUCAGACGUUGCCUUUGGAAAAUGAUUAAAUGGAAUUAAACAGAUCCAGUUGGCCCCACCAGCAUCAGACCAUGACGGACGAUGGUUGUUUCGUAUAAUUGGAUAACUUUUUUCACGUAAUCUGGAAGGCGAAUUUAUUAAUCUCUCAAUGUGAUAAUAUCUCAAUGUUUUAUCAUUUUAUGAAUUCUAUAUAGUAGAAAAUAUUUAUAUUAAAUUUCAGACAAAUUUU